UACCGCGUGUUUCUCACGUUUGACGGUUUCAUUGACGGCUAUGAUUAACUAAUUCAAGGCACACCCUCAGUACUAAAUCUAUCGUGAGUGUAUUGUAAUUAUCAUCCGGUCAUUUUAUCAGCAGUUAUCUGAAAGAACAUAAUCUUCAAACUGUCAUUAUCGAUUUUUGUGUCAUUUUAUUAUUAAUUCUCAGUUCUAAGCGGCAAUUUGGAUUCGUCAUACUUGAAUACAACUUGUGAGAUCAUGUAGAUAUUCGACUUAAAAUUAAAAGAAAGGCUGAGAGGAAGGAGAAGUGAGCACUGCAACUUUCCACCACCAUUUCUUCUGGUUUCCCCUUGCGGGAAAAACACCGUUGCUCUUUACCGCUGUGUGUUACGCCGUGUGAACGUCUGUAUUUCUUGGACUUUCUUCAACAACCUGAAACGUAACUACAUUAGUCACGAUCAUUUUAUUCACCAGUGUUUUGAACAUUUUCUAGUCUCCAUUAAAUAACUAAGCGUUACACUAGUGCUUCUAUCCUUCGUCAUCAUCCUGCACUCCAAUACAUCCUGUUUCGCUUGAUUGUGUCAUCCUGUCUACUUUUGCACAUCUGACGGCACCUUUUUUGUGGAAUGUGUGAUUUAGAGAGCUGGAAAUUGCAUGUCCACGAGGAUCGCACAGAGGAGGAAAAACGGCGUCACUUCCGAGGAGGCUACAGUGAGGUGGCAGGUUUGGACGACGACAAUAGCAACGACACGGUGACGGUAACAGCAUUACCCGGCGGUGGCGGUGGUCCUGGAAGGCCUAAUCGUCGCACCAGGCCACUAUCACUCGCUGUUCAACCACUUCAUUAUCAACGACUCGACUUGGACACAUCAACAAUAGUGACCAAAAGCUCGUCAAUCAAACAUCCUAACAUGACCAGCCAGGAGAGUAUUGGUAGCUGCAGCCUCGACGUCGAUCGCUCUGCCUCCGACCGAUCAGAAACGACCGUGGAUUCAGUAUCCGAAAGGACACUUCAUAGUCUAAAUCUUUCGAGUAACGGAGAUCCAACAACACCGAUAGAUCAUACAAUUAACGAAAGGAGCAGUGAAGUAAUCUCAAAAUAUCAACAGCCAACAGAAAAAACACCAGAAUUAAUAGAGCCUGAUGAUAAUCUAAAUGGCGAAGGAUCAGAACAGCUGACAGCGAAAAAGCCUAGUUAUUUAGGUUUGGCUUGCAGUAUCAGUGGAUAUUCAGGGAUUACACGAUACGACAGCAAACUUAGGGAAGGUUUUAGAUCUAGAGACAGUAGUCCUGGAUCUCGAUUAAUUACCAGAGAAACUAGUCCUGCAGGUUCCAGACCGGGUGAUAAUCUCGGAGUUCCACUGCAUUCAUAUCCUACCAAAAGUCAGUCAAUAUCACCUCUUGCAAUGGAUCGUCAAAAUGGAUUCAGUAAUGGAAAUAAAGAGUGUAAAGUAGAAACAUUUGUCGAGUCACGAAGUUCGUUGAAUGUUUAUCAAGGGUAUUCUGAAGUGGAUAGAGGUAUUUCUUUACACACAACAUUCUCAGACUUUAGUCCUACUCGUGGUGGAAGUACGCCAACUCAAAAGGGCAUGGGAAUGACUUCAGUGAUAAACAACAAAGAAAUUAAAUCUUUUUCUUCAAGUUCAUUUAUUUUAUCACCAAAAUCAACUUUAAAUUCGAGUGUAUCUAAUACAUCUUUUGGUGAAAACAGUUUUUUAAAUGGAUCUACAGAUAUUGAAAAUCGAUCAAUAAAUACAUCAUCAACCAGUGAAAAAUCUUUUAUCCAACAACGAGUAGAACGACUUUAUGGUCCUGGUGCAUUGGCACAAGGUUUCUUUUUUAAAAGAGCUAAUCAAUCCCAUUCAAAUGAAAGUAGUUUUAAUAAAUCAAAUGAUAAUAAUAACGAUAUUGAUGUUGCAAACAAUGAAGAAUCUCUUAAAAAUAUUCCGGUAUUAAGAAGAUUGAGACCAGAGUUUCGAGCUCAAUUACCUGUUGUUAGCCCAAGAAGACCUACAGACGGCAGUGAACAACUAGUAAGACCUCUACAGAGGAUAACAGUGUCUUCAAAGAAGAAUGAAAUCUCAGUGAAAGUUCCUGUCACGCAACAUGGAAAUAUUCAUAAAAAUGAUUCGUUAAAAUUAAGUUCAAGUAUGACUACUAUUACAGAUCAGCAGCCAGCGGCGCCGGAAGUUGUUUUGCCGGUUCUUGAGACUAGUGUGGUUUCAACGAGUUUGGUAGAACAGCCGAAGGCACAAGAAAAUAAUGUAGCUGAAGUUAAAGAUGGUCAUUAUUUUAUGAAGUUAUUGAAAGCGGAAAUUGAAAGACUUUUUUCAUUAGCUGCAUCUGCAGAAGCGGAAUUAGAGAGUGGAGAUCCACUUCCUGAAGAAGCGGCAGGAAAGUUGAGAUCUGCUGCCGGAAAAGCUAGAUUACUUGCCACGCAAAAAAUGCAACAGUUUGAAGGACUCUGUCAGAAAAAUAUUAGCCAAAUACCUGGUGAAGAAUUUCCAACAACUAACGAAGAUUUAGCUGGAUUCUGGGAUAUGGUAAUGCUUCAAGUUGUACAAGUCAAUAAUCUUUUCGAGCACAUUGAUAAAUUGAAAAGUUCCCAGUGGCAAGAGGUCGCUGUGGAAAAAUCCACAAAACAACUUGCUCAAAAUGGUAAUAAUAUCAAACGUCGAACUGUUAUACCUCAAAAGUCUAAACCAACUGUUAGCAGUGAAGCAAGUCGAAAAGCACGUGAAGCUCGAGAGCAAGCACGUCGUCAAAUGCUUGAAGAUCGUAGAAAAGCGAUGAAGUCCCAAACUCCGAAAUCUGUUGAAAUAUUUGCCCCAAAAACAUAACAGCAGGCUGUUUUGAUAUAAAUUGGAAAAAGGUCAAAAACACCUAUAUAAAUAACUUAAAGUUCCUGUGAAACAACUGAAAUCAAGACUUUAGAAAAGUAAUUAUUUCAUUGAUAGAAUAAAUAUUUAAAGAAUAAAUUACGAAAAGUCAUAUAAUAUAAGAUUUCAUCGUACAGAAUCCAAGAUUCUGCGAUUAAAAAAGAGCAUAAUUUGUAUUCAGUGCACCAAUAAUAACAUCUGAGAUAUGUUUUGUUUUGAUUAUUAAUUCACAUAUAUUAGAUCUGAUAUUUAUUAACCAAUUGUUUUUUUAUUAAGUAAUGUUUUUAAAUAAAUUGAUUGUAAAAACUUGAAUAUUUAUAAAUACUGAUAAUUUCAAAGAACGUUUUAAUAAAGAAUAAAUCAAAAUUUUCUAUUAUAUUACAUUUUCGGAGGUAUCGUUAAUAAAGGAUAUUUGAAAUAAUGGAAAUGACACAAUAGUCGUGAAAAUAGAAGAAAAAUACACGAAAAUGUAUGUACAUAUUUUCAUUAAGACGACUAAAAAACAGUUAUUAUUUAUGUAUUACAUUGUAUGAAAGCUUCUUAUCACUUUUAUUUUGGAUAGUUCUAAUACAAGAACUACAAAAAAUGAAUAUUGUUGUAAAAUUUUGACUGUUAUUGAAACAAUUAGGAUGUAUCCCAUUUUUAAAUUAAUUUAAUUGAUUAAAUAAUUCAAUUCAUUGAGUGAAUAAUAUUUAUCAUUGACAAUUUAAAUCUUUUAUAAAUUAUAAUGGUAAUCAGUGAUAAUAGACUAAGAGAUAUUGAUUUAUAAGAGAUAACGAAAAUUAAACAUGAAUUCGUUUUUAGCAUGCGUGAGUUUUGAAUAAGAAUGAACGUUUUUUUGUACAUCAAAAGCUUUUAAUGAAGAGUCAAUUGUUUACCAAAUAACACACAUUCAAUUAAUUUAUAAUAAGUCACAUUUUUUACUAUAUUAAUAAUAACUAAUUGUACAAGUAGAUUUUCAAUUUGAAUAGAUUCAAGUAAUAUAAGAGCGUAUAAAUCAUCAACUUAAAAUGAAAAAAUCGUUUCGUUCACUAAAAGCAAUAACUAUUAUUGGUACAACAAUAAAUAUUAAAUUAUAUAAACUACACUCUCAGGUCACUCAGUCAUGUUUCAUUUAUAUUGUUAUUAUAACUAAUUCUGUCAUUUUUCUGGUGUGUAUAUUGAGCUCUUCAUGACGCUAAAUUUGUAUAUAAGAACAUUACUGAGCAAAACUUGUGUAAUUGAAAAUGAAUAAGUGAAUUAUUGAACAUCUGAAUGAUGACACAUUAAGUAAAAAAUAAUAAUUGCGCUAUUUUCUAUUAAUUUAUCUUUUGAAAUUUAUUGUUACUAUUUUGCGUUUUACGUACUA